AUGAUUUUUUCAGGACUCCUGUCCGCGGAGCACAUCCUUGACGUGAAAAAAGACGAGUUUCCUGAGCCGGUGUUUGUCACGGCGAUGUCUGACAAUCAUUUCAAAGAAGGGCUAACAUUGUAUUCGGAAACUAUGGCCACAAAGGAAAUCCUUAUCUAUGACCUGGGACUGAGUUCGCGGUCACGCAAAGAACUGGAAAUGACGUUGAAGGAGUUUGGAGCCGUUUGGUAUAUGGACACGUCGAUACGAUGGAAGAAGGAUCGCCUCAAUUUGGAGCGACGUGAGAUCCGAUGCCGGAAAGAUCACGAUUGGUCGGAGUACGUUCUAUGCGCUUUGGAGAAAAAUUGCAUGGCACCGCCUGGUGCACAACUAAGUUGCAGAUUUGGCGAAAACCGAUAUGAUCAGUCAGUGAUCAACCUUUUGCUCGCCAACUCAUACGGGUACAAUGCUAGGAAUUACGUCAGCUGUCUUGGGUUUGAAGGAGCUACCGUUAAUCGGACCGCUUCGAACUCCUUGACUGCGGAGGACUUUUUGUGUGAUUCACGGGUU